GUCUCAAUGUUAAAGUUCAAAGGAGGAGAUGUCAAAGACAGCAACCAUAGUUGGAAGUGCUGCUUUUGUGAUAUUAAUCGUUGGAUUCUUUUGGUUCUGCAAGUCACAGUCCAAGAACUUGUCUAAUAGGAAUUCCGAGACAGUGGAGUGGAACAGAGAAGCUGGACAAAGUUCAUCUUAUGGUGAGUCUUUAUUUGCACUACAUUGCCCACAACAGUUCACAAUGGAAGAGUUGGAGCAAGCUACAAGAAAAUUCAAUGGAAGUAACCUUAUUGGAUAUGGAAGCUUUAGUCAAGUAUAUAAAGGUUUGCUUUGCUAUACUAUUGUAGCCAUCAAAAGGCAACCAGGUGCUCAGGUCCAACCCCAGAACUUGUUUCUAAGGCUACUGUCAAGGAAGUGGAUCAAAAGAGUUUAUGAGUAUUUACCAAAUGGCAGCAUGCGCAAUCUCCUAUAUAACACUGGACUAGACUCAUCAACUAGACUAGAGUUCAAGCAGAGGCUAACCAUAGCUCUGGGGGCAGCUAAAGUCUAUGCGACUAUGCCAACUGCACAGCCUAAAGCCUCCGUUGGUACAUAGAAACUUCUAAACGGCCAAUGUCCUAGUUGAUGAGAACUUUAUAGCUAAGGUUGUAGAUGCUGGAGUGUUAAGGAUACUUGAAAAGAUAGAAGAAGAAGAUCCAUCUUGCACAACUACUGUUGAUGUUUUACAAGAUCUAGAGUAAAGACUGAUUUUUUCU